AAAGGCGGCUCAGUGACCUGGCGGCUCGGGUGCAGGGCGGCUCGGUUGCUGGGCGGCUCGGGCGCAGGGCGGCUCGGCUCCCGGGCGGCUCGGCGGCUGGGCGGCUCGUCGUCGGGCGGCUCGGCUCACGGGCGGUUCGGCUGCUGGGGCGGCUCGGCCAGGAGAUCCAGGGGCGGGGCCGUCAGGUGCAGCGGCGGGUUGACCGGUGCAGUGGCGGGCCGGCAGGUGCAGCGGCGGGCCGGCAGGUGCAGCGGCGGGCCGGCAGGUGCAGUGGCGGGCCGGCAGGUGCAGUGGCGGGCCGGCAGGUGCAGGCGGCGGGUCGUAGGGUGCAGUGGCGGGCCGGCAGGUGCAGUGGCGAGGCCGUCAGAGGCGGCGGGCCGGCAGGUGCAGCGGCGAGGCCGUCAGAGGCGGCGGGCCGCUGGGUGCAGCGGCGGGCCGGCAGGUGCAGCGGCGGGCCGGCAGGGGAGGCGGCGGAGCCGAGUCAGGGGAGGCGGCAGGGCCGCGUCAGGGGAGGCGGCGGAGCCGCGUCAGGGGAGGUGGCGGUGCCGCGUCAAGGGAGGCGGCGGAGCCGCGUCAGGGGAGGCGGCGGGGCCGCGUCAGGGAAGGCGGCGGGGCCGCGUCAAACAGGCGGCGGGGCCGCGUCAGGGGAGGCGGCGGAGCCGUGUCAGGGGAGGCGGCGGGGCCGCGUCAGGGGAGGCGGCGGGGCCGCGUCAGGGGAGGCGACGGGGCCGCGUCAAACAGGCGGCGGGGCCGCGUCAAACAGGCGGCGGGGCCGCGUCAGGGGAGGCGGCGGAGCCGCGUCAGGGGAGGCGGCGGGGCCGCGUCAGGGGAGGCGGCGGGGCCGCGUCAAACAGGCGGCGGGGCCGCGAUCAGGAGAGGUGGCGGGGCCGCGUCUGA